CAAUCAAGUGACAUGUACUAUUUCAAUUGAUAUAGAAAUUGAUUUCGACGUUCCUUUUUCUGAAUUUUCUGUGUAUCAGUCAAAAUGAGAGACAGUGAAGUAUUUGUGCAAGAAAAUGAUUUAGUUCAUCGUAGUUGUGGAAAAUUAUACAUGGAUACAAAAACGACUGAUGUAUCAUUUAUAUUUGGAAUCGACACCGAUCACCCCGAAUAUGUGCCAGCCCAUAAAAUUCUCCUAUCGGCUGGAAGUCCCGUAUUCGACGCAAUGUUUUACGGUUCAUUAAUUGAAGUGGGAGAUAUUCCAAUUGUCGAUGCAUCAGCCGCAGCUUUUAGAGAAUUUUUACAAUUUUUCUAUAAAAGCAAAGUGCAACUUACAUCCCAACACAUUGGUGAAGUGAUUAAUUUGUGUAAAAAAUAUGAAUUGAACGAAGCAGUCGAGGCGUGUGAAAUUCCAUUGCAAAAGUCAUUGACCAAACACGAUAUGUGCUGGGGCUACGAGGUGGCUGUUCUCCUUGAACUUGAGAAUUUACAGCAAUUUUGUGAGCAAAAAAUUCGUGAAAAUGCCCAAGAGGUCUUGACAUCCGACACUUUCUUGGAGUGUAAUCGAGUUUCAGUGGACAAUAUUCUGCAGUUAGUAGAAUCGAAGUGUAACCCAUUGACAAUCGUCGAAGCAUGCAUGGAAUGGGCAAAGGCAGAAAAUGUGCGAAAUAAUUUGGAUUUAAAUCCAUUGACACUGAGAGCUCAAAUUGGCAACUUAUUUGGAAAAAUUCCAUUUGAAAAAAUAAAAAUGGAAGAAUUUUUCAACUUCACUGCCAAAUACGCUGGAUUUUUUUCGGACAAAGAAAUCGAAACAAUUACACAAACAAUAUUCGAAAAUCAGUUUCGAUCAAGUAUUUGUGCUACAUUGCCUUUAUCAGUUUUACCGAAAUUCGAUUGUGAUCGACGAAUACCUGACGAUAUGGAAUUGUAUGAAGCUCAACGACUGUUUUGUUGUUUUGAAUCAAACGCAAAUCUUUUAUUGAGAGAAUUUGAUUUGCCGCAAUUAUGUUCGAAUUCAGUAAACAACGAUAUCAAAACUAUAGAACUGAUUUGCACUAUAAACGGACCGUACAACAACCUCAAGGGUGAAUUGAUAUUUUUUAAGAAGGUUGUGCUCACUUCGGAAGCAGAGACGUACACUGUUUUGCCACAACCAGUCAUAAUUGAAGCAAACAAACUAUAUGGAAUAAGUAUCAUUGGACUGAAAUACCAAUAUAUUGAAGAUGUGCCAUUUUUACAACGGAAACAACUCAAAAAGACAGUUGAAAUUGAUAAUGACAUUAAAAUUAAAAUUUUCUCCGGAUCAGAACUUGUAUCGCGUCUUGUGUUUCAGAAAAUGAUUUAA